AGCUACGAUCAAAUUGGAACACAAAUUCAAGCAUGAAGACGUGUCUUGCAUAGAGCUUCCUAAAGCACACCUCUUCCGCUGCCUCUUCCCCUUCCCCGCCACGUUUCAUCUCUACCUUCUAUAAAAACUUUGAUAUUCCCUCCUUUUUUCAUCGAAUUCGAAGUAUCCCACUUUCACGCAAUUCACAGAAUUCAACAAGCAAUCCGAUCAUGUCGAAUUCAUCUUCCACCAUUUCCAUCUCGAAUGUUCAACUCCAACACAUAACUCAUCUCACAAACUACAAUUCCCAAAUCCAAACCCACACUAACCCACUUGCCUUUAACCCUUUUUUCCGAACUUUCCCCGGAUUCUUCCUUACCUCAUCCGAUAUCGUUCUCCGUCACAACGUUCUAGAUCUUUCCGGAACUUUCCCUUCACCUAAUCCGCCAUUAGCUUACCACAGAGCAGGACCUCGCAAUCAGAUUCUCUUCGAUCCUGCUACUGUACGAGCUGCGAUUGUUACCUGUGGUGGUUUGUGCCCUGGAAUGAAUACGGUGAUUCGGGAAUUGGUAGUUGGGUUGUGGGAAUUGUACGGUGUUCGUGAGAUUUUUGGGAUUAAAGCGGGUUAUCGAGGGUUUUAUAGCUAUGACCCGGUUCGAUUGAAUCCGAAGAUGGUUGAUGAUUGGCAUAAGAGAGGUGGAACUGUGCUUGAAACUUCUAGAGGUGGAUUUGAUUUGAAGAAGAUUGUUGAUGCUAUUCAGAAUCAUGGGUUUAACCAGCUUUACAUCAUAGGAGGAGACGGUACAAUGCGUGGAGCAGUUGAGAUAUUCGAGGAAUUGAAACAAAGAAAAUUGUAUAUAUCAGUGGUCGGAAUCCCUAAGACAGUUGACAAUGAUGUUGGCAUUAUCGACAGAUCAUUCGGGUUCCAAACUGCAGUAGAGAUGGCACAACAAGCGAUUAAUGCCGCUCAUGUAGAAGCAGAGAGUGCAGUAAAUGGGAUAGGGCUGGUGAAGCUUAUGGGCCGCAGUACUGGUCAUAUUGCACUACAUGCAACAUUAAGUAGCCGUGAUGUCGAUUGUUGUUUGAUUCCCGAGAUCGACUUCUACUUGGAAGGUAAGGGAGGACUAUUCGAAUUUCUCGAAGAUCAAUUGAAGGAGAUGGGGCACGCAGUGUUGGUAGUAGCCGAGGGUGCAGGACAAGAUAUAAUUCCAAGGACUGAAUCCCAAAAAACAGAGAAGGAUGAGUCGGGCAACCCUGUCUUCUUGGACGUUGGAGGGUGGCUGAAGUCGGAACUCAAGAAUUGGUGGAGCAGGGAUCAUCCGAACGAGUUGUUCACGAUAAAAUACAUAGAUCCUACAUACAUGAUACGCGCUGUACCUCCAAACGCAACGGAUAACUCGUACUGCACGUUGCUAGCGCACUCUGCCAUUCAUGGAGUUAUGGCAGGGUACACCGGGUUCGUUUGUGGACCGAUAAAUGGGAACUAUGCAUAUAUUCCAGUUGAUGAAGUUGCCAAAGCCAAGAACAAAGUGGAUACCAGAGAUCAUAAAUGGUCUUGGGUUAGAUCUGUUAGCAAUCAGCCUGAUUUCAUCAGAAGUUAAAAGCUUUCGAAUGAUCUACUUUGGCACUCUCUUUGUCCGCCCGUGAUGACGGUGGUGUCUGGUCAAGUUUGUGUGUAUUUCAAUUAUUUCAUCGAAUAUUUGUGAUGCAUCAUAUCACAUAUCGGGUAACUAUGUAUAUCGAGACUAGCUAGUGAAUCCAGAUAAGCUAGAAGUUCAUGGCUUUUAUCUUGGCAAGUGAGAACACCUCUUUUUCGGUGUGGGGUAGACACCGGAUUUCAUGUUAAUAGCUCACAUGGUCUUAAAUGUCCCUAACAAAUAGGAGGAAGGAGGAAACCACAUAUUAGUGGUGGUUGUCCCUGCUGAGAUUUGAAACCUUGAUCUUCUAAAAUUUGCGCCUUUCGUCACUUUUUCUCGGGUCGGGUUUCUUUGUAUAUAUGUAACUAAAAAAAUAAACAAGGUGCAUUAGUGUAAAAUGUAUGAUAAUAAUCCCUUGAUGCUUAAACAAUUAAGCAAGCAAGCUAUCAUUAAUUAUUUCUUUAA